AUGGUAAAAGAAAACAUCAGGGAUCUUCGAUCUCAAACGCCAUCCCCAGAGCCUGUGCUUAUACUCGGGCCCAAGCACAAGUCUGAUCAACAAGGUGCAAGAAGCACAUCUUCUUCUUAUCCCGAAGACGUUAUCAGGUCCCCAGAUUUGCCUUCACCACCUGAUUCCCACGUUGUCUUGUCGAGUCUUGGUGACCUGACGAGAUACAGCCACACAAACGAUCGUUUAUCUGGCCUUCGGUCAUCAUCUAGCUCAUUUGGCGCUUCCAGAGCUGUAAGUCAAGGGAGCACCUACAAGACAUUGGCAGAUGCCGCAACAGCUAUCGGAAAGCUACAACGUUUGCCGACACCCUCAUAUCACCGGUUUGAAAUCUUGUCAAGCUCCGAAGAUCUGGCAUUGAAUGCUCUGGCCCCGCACAAUAGUAAGGCCAGCCACGAGAGCGAGUUUCCGAUAGAAGGUUUUGUCGAGAGCCUCGAGUUGCGACCACUGAGAAGAGUGGCAGCUCAUACGGGAUUCAGUAACCCGACAGACAGCUUCCACUCAGAAAGUCCUAGCCCAUCGGUAAAACUACCUCGGAUCAACACGUCUAGGAAGAGAAAAGCAUCCGGUAUUUCUCUUCGAAGCAUUUCUGCCAGCGUGAAGCGAUCUCGUGUUGAAGUUAAGAAGCUAGCAAAUAACAUUUGCCGCAGCAGCUGUGAUAAACUUCGCCAAGCUCGUGAGAAUAUCAAGCGGCAACACAAUGAGCAAAAGAAGCAAUAUUCGGUUUGGAAAGAAUUGCGACGUAGACUCAAACCUGGUGACGCGAUCAAAGGCAAGCAUGAGAAAGGAUUGGCAACCUUUUCGAUGGAAAAGAGCUUACGUGGAACUAAGGCCUGGUGGAAAGCUGGCGUCGAAAAGUACCAAGCUCCCGAAUGGAUGCACUUUAGGAAAUAG